UGAUCAAUUCGCAGAUAUUUCUCGCGGCUUCUGAUUGGUUGAAAUCUGUUGCCUGUUGUUAUUUUCUGUUUCUAUUGCCUGUGUUUUUCAUUGUGCAUUCAGCUUUAUAGAAAAAAAGGCAUGGCCGCUCUCAGGUUCCUCUCUGGCAACUGCUGGCAACAUGCAACCGGCAAUUUGCUGUUGGAGGAGUUAACCUAUACGAGAAAAACAUCGUGUUUUUGUAAAUUUAAUUGUCAAUGGAUUUGUCGAACGCUACGUAAAAUAAUAUAGAAGUUCUUUAUUUGCUUUACUAUUUAGAAUAAUGCAGACGUUUAUCUGAUUUAUUAAUAUAGAUUAACGUUUUUACACAAAUCGAUUAUCUUUUGUCAACACAUCACGUGCGUCACUUUCAAGGAACAAGUCCUUUUUCGAUCAAUUUACUCUUUUUUUUUUUUUUUUUUUUUUUUACAAUGGACGGUGUUGAGUUAUUCAAUGUGUUUCUCGCGACACAUAAACCACAGCUCGACUCCUAUGGCAUCCCAAAAUUAUAUUGGAAAGUUUUAUAUAAGAAGUUGAAAGAUCAGAUAUAUGAUGCUGGCCUUGCCUUCCAGCUAGCAAGGGUGGAAUAUGAAAAUGGAAAAAGACAUGUUACAGAACCAAUAUGGAAGUUAAUGGUAUCUAUGGAAAAUGGUAUUUCAGCGCAAGAUCCCAAUAAUAUUUAUCUCAUUGAUCAUGCGUGGACGUAUGACGUUGGUAGCGCUCAACAGAAUUUAACUCAGGUACCUCGUCUGCUUGAUCGAAUGUGUCUCCUCAUGGGGUUGGACACCGAAUUGGAUGAGAGGCAAAAGAUUGAGAAUGUUACAAAUGAGAUGUGGCGUUACAAUCAGUCGUAUUCAGUCAACUAUGGACAGAUAGAAGACAGAAUGCCAGUGUGGUAUAUUAUGGACGAGGUCGGUUCAGCAAUAAAUCACAGUGACGAACCAAAUUUUAGGGCUGUUCCCUUUUUGCAUAUGCCUGAAGCUGUAAUUUAUACACUUCUGUUUCCCAUAAGAGACAUUGCUAUAGGGCAUGAGGUUACAAGAGAUUUUGUUGAAGGUCAGACGAAGGAUCCUGAGAAAAGACGUGCGCUAUUGCUGCCCUGGGUUUACAGCACCUUUGAUGAUGAAAAUUUCGAGCAGAGCGAGCCAGACGCAGAUUACUUUUCAGCGGGUCACAUUCCCGAAAGCUUGCCGGAAAUUCUGGAUGCAAUCAGAGCAGAUAGGAGCAAAAAAUUAAAGGUAUUUUCACAGUACAGUUAUGUGAAUGAAUACUUGACAGAUCCAGCAUUUGAGAUUAUCGACAAUGAGGAAGAGGCGGACAUACUGUGGCUUGUGACUCACUACAAGACGUACAAAGAACUGAAUGCUUCCUCGCCCCACGUUUUUGUGAAUCAAUUUCCAUAUGAGAAUGUUUUGACGACGAAGGAUCUUUUGUCGAUUGUAUGCAGAAGAAAAGCAAUAGACAAAUUGUAUGACUCGGAUACUCUUGAAACUUAUCCAGCGUGGUUGCCAACGACGUACAAUCUCAGUACAGAAUUGGUGCAAUUUGUUACAUAUUUUACACAGCGAGCGAACAAGAAUUUGGAUAAUCAUUGGAUUUGUAAGCCUUGGAAUCUGGCGAGAGGCUUGGAUACUCACAUCACGAACAAUCUUUAUCACAUUUUACGGUUACCCUGCACGGGCCCGAAAAUCGCGCAGAAGUACAUUGCGCGGCCAGUUUUGUACAACAGGCCGGACAUUAAUCAAGUGAAAUUUGACGUGAGAUAUGUCGUUCUGCUCAAAUCCGUGAAGCCGCUGCGUGCAUAUGCUUACACGAACUUCUUUCUGCGCUUUGCUAAUCAAUCGUUCGCACUGAACAACUUUGAGGCGUACGGACAGCAUUUCACUGUGAUGAACUAUGCCGAAGAGAAUUCGCUGUUCCACGUAAAGUGCGCCGACUUUAUUGUAGAAUGGGAAAAACAGUAUCCUGAUCAUCCUUGGAAAACUUACGUCGAGCCGAAGAUUCUCUCCGUUCUACGACAGACUUUCGAAGCCGCGGUUGCAUUGCCGCCGCCGAGAGGAAUAGCUGAGAGUCCACAGAGCAGAGCCGUAUACGCCGCCGACCUGAUGUUGGAGUGGAAGGACUGCGAGAUGCAGCCUAAGCUGCUCGAGAUUAAUUUUACGCCCGAUUGCCAGCGAGCAUGCGAAUACUACCCGGACUUCUAUAACGACAUUUUUAAAUGCCUAUUUCUGGAUAUUGAUAAUACAACUGUGUUUCAUGCAUUAGACUCAGUCAAAGAAUAACAUCAUGAUUUAUAAAGCUUUAUAUAAGAGGAGAUCAGAUUUAUCAUGCUGGCGACGGGGGAUUUAUAAAUAAAAAGAAUUUGGAUAAAAUAAAACAGCGAGAUCGCUUUAAAACACUUGUAAAAAUGGACCUUGGCUAUCCUCCUUCCGCCUAACAGUCAAUAAAUAGUCGUAAAAAGCACUUGAAGUAAAAGCCUAUUCGGACAAGAAAACACGGAUAGCUGUUGAAAAAGGGUGAAAAAUAUGCUUUUAUGUAUGAAAUUCAAAGAAACUUUGCUUGCGGUCCAUUUUUACGAAUUUGAUAAAUAUGAGACAAGUCACAUUUUCACAAUAAAACGCAUAAUAAUAAAAUGACAUGCACAACGGUACCAUCAACGCAGAGUUCCCGGCUGAGGCGCCAGGAGCCUUAAUUAACUAUUAUGUUUUUGUGGCUGUUGGUUAUAACUACAUAAUUAAAUUAUUCAAAAUGCAUGAUUGUAAAUGAAUUCAUGCUAUGCAUGAUUGAUGGAAAUAUAUGUGAUCGUUAAGCC